UUAGGCCUUUGCUCCCCAACCACCUGAACCCGUGUUUGUAUUUGCCUCAUGGUUCUUUUUUUCCUCUCCCAGUCUGUUUGGACUUGUGAACCACGCCACAGCGGUCUGGAUGCUUGCAGGGACGGAAACAUGGCUGUGAAUCUCGGCAAGAACAGACUGGACCUGCUGACCGCCUACCAGGACGUCAUCGACGAGACCUCGGACACCGACUGGGCCUUGUACACAUAUGACGAUGACAGCAAUGAUUUGAAACUGGCAUCAUCAGGAGGAGGCGGUCUGGCAGAGAUCACGCUGACCUUUGACAAUGCCAAAGUGAUGUACGGCUUCUGCAGCCUGAAGGAGCCCACCGUCACUCUGCCACGAUACAUCCUCAUCAACUGGGUCGGAGAAGACGUGCCGGAUGCCAGGAAGUGUGCCUGUGCCAGCCACGUCGCCACAAUCGCAGACUUCUUACAGGUCAGACCAACCAUGGGGGUGGAGGUCACCAUCAACGCCAGCAGUCUGGAGGACAUUGACCCGUCAGCCAUCGGGCAGCGGCUGACCAACGGGACGGCGGUGGUGGCGAGUCCGGUCCUGAGCCGCCUGAGAACCCGAGAGGACGACGUAGACGUGGGAACGGUGUACGAAAAGACCAACGCAGAGGUGGAGAUGAAGAAAAUCAAUAGAGAGGAGUUUUGGGAGCAGGCCAAGCGUGAAGAGGAGGUGAGGAAGGAGGAAGAGAAGAAGAAGGUAGCAGAGGAGCGGCAGCGCUUCGAGGAGGAGCGAAUGGAGCUGGAGAGGAAAGAGCAGGAGAGCCGGGAGCAGAGGUACCGCGAGAGGGAGAGGCAGAUCGAGGAGCACAGGAAGAAGUUGCUGGAGGAGGAAGAGGCCAAAGAGAGGUUGCGGAACCAGACCUCCAUGGCAGCAGAGCCGAGCCUCGAUGACCUCAACCUGGACAAGAAGGAGACUGAGGUGGAGGAGGCGAAGGCCAUCAUCGCUCAGCGGUCAGAAAACCCCCGAGAGUUUUUCAAGCUGAAGGAGAGAGCCAUGACCAUCAGCGUCGACACCUCACCCGUCUCCAUCCACAGGACCGGGGACGAUGAUGAUGACGAUGAUGAAGCAAGCACAGAGCGCAACAUGGCCGCCGUGUCGCCUAUUCCUAAAAUAGUCACCCCGUCCAUCAAAGAGGACUUGUGCAGGGAAGACGAGGACUGCAGAGACGAGUGGGAUUCGGUGCCAAAACAGGAGCAGAAACCUCCGGUGCAGGAGUCGGUACCCACUAAGCCCGUACAGAGCGUCGCCCCGCAGGCCCGAGACUCCUCCGGCUUCUCCGUGUGGGAGUCCGGGACAGACAGCCUGGUCACCCUGUGGGACAGCAGCUCCGACGCUGACCCCAACCAAUCCCAGACCUCCCAGUCCUCCAAUCUGGUGGACCUGAUGGGUGACGUUGGUGUUCCGCCCGGCACAGCCGCCACCAGCGGCAAGCCCCAGCCCCUCCUCAGCUUCGACGAGAUGAUGGACGGGACCUUCUGCUCGGCAACCGUCCCCGAGGACGACCCCGCCAGCCUUGUGGACGUGAUGGGCCCUGACCAGAUGACCCUCAGCUACCAGCAUGCACUGCAGCAUGCAGCCGGGGAAAAGAAGGAGCUGGAGGAUGGACAGCGGCUGAUGACCAACGGGGAGACGCUGCUGAAAGAAGGGACUCAGGCGAGUGAGGGCUACUUCAGCCAAUCACAGGAGGAAGAGUUUGGCCAAUCAGAAGAGUCCUCAGCUAAACCUGCGCCUGUCUUUUAUAACAAGCCACCAGAGAUUGACAUUACGUGCUGGGACACGGACCCCGUGGGCGACGAGGAUGACGACUAACCAGCCAAUCAGACACCACCACAGGACCAAGAGGAAGUAGGAAGUGCGCUUCAUGAAGAAACAGAUUUUUUUUGUAAAAAACAAAAACACAAACAAACAAAAAAAAAGUAACAAUAAUAACGAAUCUUGCAUCAAAAGUACUUCUGUAUUAUCUUUUAGAGGAAAACAAAACAGUAGCCAACAGGAAAAUAAAAAAGACGGGGUUUGAGUUAUCUUUAAAGAUGGUUUGAAGGCUCAGUUAUGGGCGUUUUCUUCUGUGUUUGUUAUUUUAUUUAUUUGUUUUUCUUUUUUUCUUUGCUAUGCAGACAUAAUAGCUGGGAGUGGGGGGGAUUUCGUUUGUGUAAAUGAUUUAUUACACAUUAACGUAGCGCACUGCUGCAUAUUAGAGACAAUGAAGCCCCGUGUGUGGCAGGCAGCGGACACACCUAGUCUGUAGUGCUUUAAUAACACCCUAUACAACUAAUACAGUGGAUCAUUACAGCCGCCAUGUAUAUCUGCACUCUCUGAUUCUUUUCUUACCUCUUUUUCACCUCCCUCCUUCCUUCUGCCUUCCUCCAAAAAUAUCCAGAAAUAUUCACAUCUGCAAGUCAGUUAAUCUUGUAAAGUCAGCCCUCACUUUAUUGGAAAAAGGUGAAAUAUUUUAUUUAUUCUGAUGGGACCCUGAAGAAAUCUAUUCAGCCAAAUUGUGGUUCAUUUUUUUUUCUUUUUUUUUUGUUGCUUCUUUUGUAUGAUUUUAAGACUGAAUUCAAGAUUAAAUGGCUUGUAAAUCUGGUUGCUUUUUUCAGUGCACUUUUUAUUUCUUCUUCCGCCUCCUUGUAGAUCAAACCCUCCCCUCUGGUUCUAUAGAAUUCAUCAUUUUUAUCCCACUUCUAUAUUUACACAACAAAAUAAAAAAGCUCUUCAUCUAAUCUAGAUGAAUAUACUGUAGAUAUUUUUCCAAGUGUUUUGUAGGAAAGUUUGGCUUUAAGAUAAUGAACAUAAAGCCACAUUCAGCUUGUGCACAGUAGGAAAAAAAAAUCAAUGAAUUCUUUGUAUAAUUCCUAUUAACUUUCUCCAAAAGCUAAAAAUAACACUUUUUCACUAGGCCCAUCAUAAUGUGGGCAUUUUUGGACCCCAGAGAGAACGGCUCCGGUUUUAGAGUCGUGGAGGUUUGUGAGGCAGGACGACCUGCUUUUUCCUCAUUUAAAAAAAAUUAAAAUGUUUUGUUUUCUUUUGGCAGUUAGGCCUUAUUGUUCCACUCAGACUGAGGCUGAGGUAGAUCCUGGAUGACAGAGGGAGGGAGGGAUGAGCCUGCUGGAAGCAAACUUGGGCCACACGGUGUUUGCAAAUAUUAUUUUUACCACUUUGUUUUAAUCUGCAUGGAGAACCAGAUGUUCAUAAUUUAUCACAACACUACUGUACGGAUUUGAUCGUGUCAAAAAAGCUGUCAAAUCAAGCCAAUCGUAUUUAUAGAUAGCAGUUUAUCUAGGGAUCUGUUCACAGCCAGAAUCGACAGGAGGAACAAUUACAGCAGUCAAUUUAAAUCUGCAUAAGGGCAUGUAAGUAAUGUAUGACAAUAUAAAAGGGUCUGAACCUUCCUCGGGACUAAAGUUAACAUAACUCAGCCUCUUCUGCUUCCUCAAUUUUAUCGAAAGUGCAAUACGUAAUCACCUGAACACCCUUUAAGGCUUCGGUAAAGUUGGUAGGAAUGUCACCAUCAAAGGGUGACUUUAUCGUUUUUACAUGACAUGUAGCACCUAAACAGGCUGAAGUGUUCAGUGAAAGUAUUUCUGCAGAGUGAAGUUACGUUAGGUAGAUAUGCAGAGAUCCAGAGGGCAGAGAGGACCGAACUGAUAAACAGAAACUGAAGUAUAAGAAGGCAAUACAUUUGGAAAAAAGUCAUCAAAUGGGACAAGAAAACAGGAAUAUUUCUAGUUAUUGUGCGACAAUAAUUGAAGAUUUGAAAACUUUUCGGACAUCUGUUACUCCAAGCAGCUUAAUAGUGAUUCUUAAUUCCUCUCUGACCCACUUCUGCUGCCUAACUGCUUUUGUUCUGUGCCAUGCAAUACAAAAAGUACCAUAUGUAUUUUAUUUUUAUUUUUUAUUGAUGCAAUAUUUAGUUGCCCUGGAAACUGGAGUGAGAGGCUGGGCGGGCUGAGACGGGAGGAGGUGUGUGUGUUUUUAAUACCUGUCAAAAAGUGUGCUAGAAUUGAUUUUCAGGACCUUUUUGAAUAUUAGCAACAACAGUGUUAGUCUUUUUUUGCUGUAAAUUCCUGUAGAAAAUAAAAAACUCCUAGGCAAUAAUAACACGUGUGUGUGUAUGUAUGUAUGUGUGUGUGUGUGUGUGUGUG